CGCGGGACGGGGGCCUCGCCCCUGCCGACGUCGCCGGCAGCAGCUCACCUGGGAGACUCCCAGAGGAAGCGGAGCCUCAGUUCGGCCUCUCCUGGCAACGCAGGAGGCCCAGCGGGAAGGCAGGAGGCGGUGGCGGAGGAGGAGCUCGACUGAGCCCGCAACUGUAGCGACAGCAACCGGAGUCGCCCGCCGCCACCUGCACCUGGCGCCCGGCCCACGUCCAAGCGUCCGGCCGCCCUGCCCUGCCCACCUGCCGGGUAUUGCUAUUUAAAGAAAACUUCUUGCCAGCCAAUCUAUGAUAAAAUACAUAAAUAACAGAGGAAAUCAUAACUGUUAUUUAUCAAAUAACAAGGAUUUAAUGUCAGAAUGGCUCACCUAAGGCGAUUAGUAAAAUUGCAUAUUAAAAGACAUUACCAUAAAAAGUUCUGGAGGCUUGGUGCAGUAAUUUUCUUCUUUAUAAUAGUCUUAAUUUUAAUGCAAAGAGAAGUAAGUGUCCAAUAUUCCCAGGAGGAAUCAAAGAUGGAAAGAAACAUGAAAAACAAAAACAAGAUGUUUGACUUAAUGCUAGAAGCUGUAAACAAUAUUAAAGAUGCCAUGCCAAAAAUGCAAAUAGGAGCACCUGUCAGGCAAAGCAUUGAUGUCGGCGAGAGACCCUGUCUGCAAGGAUAUUACACAGCAGCAGAACUGAAACCAGCUCUUGACCGCCCGCCUCAGGAUCCUAAUGCCCCUGGUGCUUCUGGCAAACCAUACAAGACAACUAAUUUAAGUCCUGAAGAGCAAAAGGAGAAAGAACGCGGGGAAAGAAAACACUGCUUUAAUGCUUUUGCAAGUGAUAGGAUUUCUUUACACCGAGAUCUUGGACCUGACACUCGACCUCCUGAAUGUAUUGAGCAAAAAUUUAAGCGCUGCCCUCCCCUGCCUACCACCAGUGUCAUUAUCGUUUUUCACAAUGAAGCAUGGUCCACCCUGCUUAGAACUGUCCACAGCGUACUCUAUUCUUCACCUGCAAUACUGCUGAAGGAAAUCAUUUUGGUGGAUGAUGCUAGUGUAGAUGAGUACUUACAUGAAAAACUUGAGGAAUAUAUAAAACAAUUUGCCAUAGUCAAAAUAGUCAGACAAAAAGAAAGGAAAGGUCUGAUCACUGCACGGUUGCUAGGAGCAGCGGUAGCAACAGCUGAAACGCUCACAUUCUUAGAUGCCCACUGCGAGUGUUUCUAUGGUUGGUUAGAACCUUUGCUGGCCAGAAUAGCUGAGAACUACACAGCCGUUGUGAGUCCAGAUAUUGCAUCCAUAGAUCUGAACACAUUUGAAUUCAACAAGCCUUCUCCAUAUGGAAGUAACCACAAUCGUGGGAACUUUGACUGGAGCCUUUCUUUUGGCUGGGAAGCGCUUCCUGAUCACGAGAAGCACAGAAGGAAAGAUGAAACCUACCCAAUCAAAACUCCUACUUUUGCAGGAGGACUUUUUUCCAUAUCAAAAGAAUAUUUUGAACAUAUUGGAAGUUAUGAUGAAGAAAUGGAAAUCUGGGGAGGUGAAAACAUAGAAAUGUCAUUCAGAGUUUGGCAGUGUGGUGGGCAGUUGGAGAUUAUGCCUUGCUCUGUUGUUGGACAUGUUUUUCGCAGCAAAAGCCCUCAUACCUUUCCAAAAGGCACUCAGGUGAUCGCUCGCAACCAAGUUCGCCUUGCAGAAGUCUGGAUGGACGACUACAAGGAAAUAUUUUACAGGAGAAACACAGAUGCAGCAAAAAUUGUUAAACAAAAAUCAUUUGGUGACCUUUCAAAAAGGUUUGAAAUAAAAAAGCGCCUUCAAUGUAAAAACUUUACGUGGUAUCUGCACACUGUUUACCCAGAAGUGUAUGUGCCAGACCUGAAUCCUGUUAUUUCUGGAUUUAUAAAAAGUGUUGGUCAGCCUCUCUGUCUGGAUGUUGGAGAAAACAAUCAAGGAGGUAAACCACUGAUUUUGUACACGUGCCAUGGACUUGGGGGAAACCAGUACUUUGAAUACUCUGCUCACCGUGAAAUCCGGCAUAAUAUCCAGAAAGAAUUGUGUCUUCAUGCUGCUCCAGGCCCUCUCCAGCUGAAGCCAUGUGCCUAUAAGGGUCAAAAGACAAUUGUUGCUGAAGAACAGAUAUGGGACAUCCAGAAGGAUCAACUUCUGUAUAAUCCAUCCUUAAAACUGUGCCUUUCAGCAACUGGAGAACAUCCCAACUUGGUGUCAUGCAAUCCUUCAGACCUACUCCAAAAAUGGAUUUUUAGCCAAAAUGAUUAAGUGUUUCUUAAAAUUAAGGAGUUUGAAAAUGAGAUAUUGUUUCUCAUAAAACUGUGACUAAGCAUACACUGUACUUUCCAAAAUUAUGCAAAAGCAGCUAAUUGUAACUUAUUCCAAGUGCAUUUUUCUUAUUUAUAUCUAAAAAUGUCUAUGUAGCACUAUGUGGCACUGCUGCAAAAAUCAUAGACAUUUCUGUCUUGAAGCACAAUAACUAGUGUACCAAAGAUGAUUCCAAAAUGUCCAGAUGUAAGAGAAGAAAUGUUUACAGAGUGAUGAAAAUAAUUUCCCUAGUAAGGUGAUACCUGUGUUUUUUAUAAUGCAAUUGAUAUACAUAGCUACAUUUACAUGCUCAUAAUUUAAAAUAUCUUCCCUAGGUUGGGGGGUAAGGGGAAAGGGAGGAGAAAGAUUUGAUACUGUAUUUUUUUAACGACAUAGAAGUGUAUCAAUAAUGGUCAUACAUUGGCCUUUGUGCACAAACCAGGAAAUUUUUAUAGACUUAGAAUUUAUUAUUUUUAAAUGCAGGUAAACUUCUUCUUUGUCUUCUGUUUACUUGUCUGUCAAAUUUUUCUUGAAGCAUGAAGUUGAAGAAGAAGAAGAGGAGUAUUUUUAACACUUAAAUUUAUUGACAAAUUUUAAAAUACUUUUUCAUCUGAAACCCACUUCACUAGAUGCCCUUCAGUCUUCCCUGAAUGGCUUUUUCUAAGUGACUAUCCUGUGUGUUUUCCCAGAGUGAUUAAAAAGAAACGAUUUAUAAAUUAUUAUCUAUUAAUAAGGGGUCCUUUUCUUUCCUAAUAGUCUUUUUUUCUUACCAAAAUUCACUAAUCUUGAGUGUUUGUGAUAUUGAAUUUACAAAUGCAGAAUACUUGACUCGAUUCUAAAUUUUAUUUGUUACUGAUUAUCUUUGUCAUGGAUUUUUUCUCAUCAAAAAGGCCUUAUUUUUACAUUUGUGGAAAACACAAUAAAAGAAUCCUAAACAACUUGUAACUGCUUGUUUAAAUUUUCUUCCUGUUUAGGAUAAACUCUGUAAUUGAAUGUAGUUGGGGAAACAUGUAUUUCAUGUACUGGCUUACUAAUCACUUACACGUAGAGCCAUAGAUUCUUGAACAAAUUUCUGAUAACUUUCCUUAAGUAUCUGAUAGAGGUUACUUUUUUAAAUCAUAUUUUGUUAGGAGGCUUACCAAUUUUUUCUUUUUGGUCCUUUUAUAUAUAAAUGCCUUGUGUAAUUAUUCCAGAAAUAAAAUAAAAUGGACUUCAUUAUUUUAAACUUGAAUUCUAAAUUGUACAAAGAAAGCAGUUUUGAUUAUUGCCUCCAUCUAAUUGUAUAUGACUUUAAAAUUUGAUUAAGAAUCCCGCAUUCCCAACUGAUUACUUUGCCAACAUUUGUUUACAUUCAACUAACAUUUAUUUUGUGUCUGACUUUGUAUUAAGUUAUGCUGAGCUCAAUAAGACUUGUCAGUGCCUUUGAGCUGUGUUUCAUGAAAUAGAUCAACAAUGCUGAAAUAGAGCAUGCCAGAAAGAUGUAUAUUUUAUAGUGCCAAUGACACUUCAAUUAAUAAGUAAAAAUAUUUCUCUAUUUUAUAGCUAAUAAUAUAUAUCAUUAAAAACAUAAGCAGUCACUUA